CAUUCAAGCAAUCGAUCCACUGACGAUCUCAGUUCGUUUUCAACAUGCGUGCGCUUCAGUACCUUCUGCUACUGCUCGUCAUCUCCAUCGGCUUGGCGGCAUCGGUGCCUCGCCAGCGUCGUCAGAUCGAUCUCACGGUUUCGGCGGAGCACGACGACAACGAUGAGGAGACGGAACUGGCUCUGGAGGCCAUCGCCGGGCUAUGGAGCAGUGCGGACAGUCGGACGAAGAUCGAUGGCUCUGCCAGCCUGGUGCAUCGAACACAUGGAACACAAUCGGGUACGGGCAGCACCAGAUACCAGGCCAAACUGCAUCUACACCAUGACUAUAAGACCAAUGCGUAUCCCUCGUAAUCCAAGGUUCGGAGCAGGACUUUCGCGUGGGCGUGCGUAUUACAUUCGACAAAUAGAGCCGUGAGAAUUCCAGACAUCAGCAGGCGGGCGGCCGGGGACAAAAUCGAGCGAUUGCGUGAGGAGACAGACGGCCACUGUAUAAACAAUCCCACUGACGAUAGAUAACAUUUUGACCUUCUCGGGCUUGGCUUUGUUGGAAAUAUAUAUAGAACGUUUGUGAAAAUACAAUAUACCCGCAU